AGAGAAAGGAAGAUGAGAAUUUUAUCUGCAGACUUUGGAAUAGCAUCAAUGGCUGCCCAGACACUGAUUUACAAAGCCGUGUUGGAUUAUGAGCUCCAGUAAACCAACACGCUACAAUCGUUUUUCCGGUGGUGCUGCAGCAGCCGCCGCCACCGUCAACGUAUCCGCGUCCGACAUUCCCAACGGGUCCAGGAUGGAGACUACUUUUGGUCCUACGUUUCCUGCAGUAGCACCUUUAGCAGACCCUCCCAGUAAUUACAAACAGCAUCGACGGACCCCCUCCUCCUCCAGCACCCUGACAUACUCCCCCCGUGAAGAGGAUGAUGGCAUGCCUCCCAUCAGCACCCCGCGGCGCUCCGACUCGGCCAUCUCCGUUCGUUCCCUGCACUCCGAGUCCAACAUCUCGCUGCGCUCCACGUUUUCCCUGCACGAAGAGGAGGAAGACACGGAGCCCCAGGUGUUUGCAGAGCAGCCGUCAGUGAAGCUGUGUUGUCAGCUGUGCUGCAGCGUGUUCAAAGACCCUGUCAUCACCACGUGUGGGCACACAUUCUGCAGACGUUGUGCCUUAACCUCAGAAAAAUGUCCCGUGGACAACUCCAAACUGACGGUGGUGGUGAAUAACAUCGCCGUGGCAGAGCAGAUCGGAGAGCUUUUCAUCCACUGCAAGUACGGCUGUCAACCUGCCGCGUCUGGCAAGCCCGGCGCCUUCGAGGUCGACCCGCUGGGCUGCCCUUUCACCAUUAAACUCAGCACCAGGAAAGAUCACGAGGCCAGCUGUGACUAUCGGCCGGUGCGUUGCCCUAACAACCCCAGCUGCCCUCCGCUCCUGACCAUGAACCUUGAGGCACACCUGAAAGAGUGUGAACACAUCAAAUGCCCUCACUCCAAAUAUGGGUGUACCUUUAUUGGAAACCAGGACACGUAUGAAACUCAUUUGGAGGUGUGUAAGUUUGAGGGACUGAAGGAGUUCCUGCAGCAGACGGACGACCGGUUCCAUGAGAUGCAGGUCACCCUGGCACAGAAGGACCAGGACAUUUCCUUCCUGCGCUCCAUGCUGGGAAAACUGUCCGAGAAACUGGAGCAACUGGAGAAGAGCCUGGAACUCAGAUUUGAUGUACUGGAUGAAAACCAGAGUAAACUGGGUGAAGACCUGAUGGAGUUCCGCAGAGACGCCUCCAUGCUAAACGAUGAGCUGUCCCAUAUCAAUGCCAGGCUGAACAUGGGCAUUCUGGGCUCCUAUGACCCUCAGCAGAUCUUCAAAUGCAAAGGCACCUUCGUCGGGCACCAGGGUCCAGUCUGGUGUCUGUGCGUCUACUCCACCGGUGACCUGCUUUUCAGCGGCUCCUCCGACAAAACCAUCAAAGUCUGGGACACCUGCACCACGUAUAAGUGUCAGAAGACGCUGGAGGGCCAUGACGGGAUUGUGUUGGCAUUGUGUAUUCAGGGGAACAAGUUGUACAGUGGUUCAGCUGACUGCACCAUCAUUGUUUGGGAUAUCCAGACGUUACAGAAGGUCAACACCAUCCGUGCCCAUGACAACCCCGUGUGCACGCUUGUUUCGUCUCACAACAUGCUCUUCAGUGGCUCUCUGAAAGCCAUCAAGGUGUGGGAUAUUGUAGGUACAGAGCUGAAGCUAAAGAAGGAGCUGACUGGGCUGAACCACUGGGUUCGGGCCCUUGUUGCCUCUCAGAACCACCUGUACAGCGGGUCCUACCAGACCAUUAAGAUCUGGGACAUCCGUUCUCUGGAAUGUGUUCAUGUCCUCCAGACCUCCGGAGGCAGUGUGUACUCCAUUGCUGUCACUAACCACCACAUAGUGUGUGGUACCUACGAGAACCUCAUUCACGUCUGGGAUAUUGAGUCCAAGGAGCAGGUUCGGACGUUGACGGGUCACGUUGGUACCGUAUAUGCUCUGGCUGUCAUCUCCACGCCGGACCAAACCAAAGUGUUCAGUGCCUCUUACGACCGCUCGCUAAGGGUAUGGAGUAUGGACAACAUGAUCUGCACUCAGACCCUCCUUAGGCACCAGGGCAGUGUGACGGCCUUGGCUGUGUCCAGAGGGCGGCUUUUCUCUGGAGCCGUGGACAGCACCGUUAAGGUGUGGACCUGCUAGAGGGCACCGUGUUGUGCUUUUUCUCCUGAUUGGCUGAUCAGGAAAAAGGCAAAGGGUGUGUUUGACUCUUCCUCAGUGGGACCAUUACGCAAUGGGACAUUGGAUCAGUGUAAAUGGUUUCUGAAUAGACACGUAUUCUGACUGACUGAAUCAUGAUUUCAGCACUAGACACAGAACUUGUAUUUUUGCAAUCUGGAUGUUUCCUCACUCCCUGUUGUUGGACCUGUCGUAAACCUCGUGUGAAUGAUUAGACUGCUUUGUGCGGCUGGCUGUUGGAGGAUCGGGGGGGGUGUGGCUAAAGGGUCCAGACAGUCUGUCUUACACCGCUCCACACACAGCCUCUCCUGAGUGCAGACUGGACCUCCAAAAACCUCUACAGCCAGCCAGUGGAACAUGUCCAGCUUUGGCUAGAGGUGGUUUUAAUGUCUGUAAAUAUGGCAACUGCUCGGUGGAAUGAUGGAUUUGGAGCUGCUGGCUGAGUCCUGUGGCGUGCAGUGUCAGAGGGCGGAUACGGAACUGCAGGGAAGGAAAGCAGAGCAUGAUGGGUGUUUUUUCUUUUGUCCUCUUGAGUGCCAGAUCCUCCCCCUCAGCCGUCGCUCUGGGACAUGUGCUGUUGCCAAGACGCCGGGUUGACUUUGGUCUGACUGUACUAUGAAAACACAUUUUAUAUGUUGACUCCCGGAACAAGCCGUCUCUCUUUUCCCUGGACACGUCUGACACCGAGGGACACGCUGAGGCCACGUCGAAAAAACAGUUUGUCACAGAAGACUAAUGUGUGAUAGGACCCAGGUCUUUUGAAGUUUGAUGUUUUGAGUGCCAACGGAGCAGUUGUACACUAGCAGUGUCUUUUGGGGCGUUUUGUACGUCAGUCCUGCUCCACUUAAAAGCAUUGUCUUUUUUUAAAUAACCUGUAACAUGUAAUCAUCUUCUCCAUGGUCAUCUGUGAGGCAGGUAACGCGGCAUUUCCAUACACGCUGACUCACCGGAUCCUCUCACUCAGCACAUUCUCUCUCUUUAAAAAAGACAUCUAAGCCGAACAUGCUCUGGUCAGGGUUUUUCCCAAACGCUUCUCUCUCUCUCUCUCUCUCUCUCUCUAAAAAAAAAAGAAAAGAUAUCUAAGCCACAAGGUACCCCGGUCAGGGAUUUUCCAGACGUUUCGUCUAGUGUGGUUUAGCUCUGUGAACUGGUGGCCAAUGAAUCUGAUGGAUGAAUGUUAGUUGUGAUUGCAGUCAGAGAAGGACUGACUCUCUGAGCAGGGAACGAGUAAACUGCAGUAAACAGAAAGCCCUGGUAAAGGACCCAUGUAGUAUGGAUCCUAAAGGGCCAGCGGUGUGUGAAGUCAGGUUCUGCCAACAGGCUUCAGACGCCUGCCGAAACGUUGAUGAAACCAAAGGGUCGGGCAACAUAUGGAGUAACUGAUGUAAAAGGGGCUGAUGCAGGUGCCUGCCAAAAUGAUGGAAACACCAAUAGUAAAGUGUCUUGGUUGGGCGCUGGGCCACUAGAAGGCAUUGCAGGAGCUUCAGUGUUUGAACUCUAUUGGAGGAAUGGGGUGCCAGUCUUCCAUGAGAAGUUCUGUCAUUGGUUCUUCUCUUGCUUGUGGUGGAAAACAUCUCAGCUACCACUCUAGAAUCCACUUUAAGUGUUCACUCAGAUUGAGAGCUGUGCCAGCAGACACACACGCAAAUAAACACCGUAACACAGAUGUCAGAAUGCCUCUCAGACAGAG